CCGCGUUUAGUCUCAGCCGUUCAGUGCCGCGCCGCCGCCGCGCAGAUUGUGAUUCUGUUUCCCGCCUCACUUUCAAAAUCGUGACAUGACAUGAGCUAACGGACAUUACGGUGAUGAACCCAUAGAUUUGGGAGAUGGCUCGGGCAGACAGCGGCAAUGAGACGCUCUUCUCUGAGGAAUCAUCUCCCGAGAUCCCUCCCAGCGCAGACACCCCUCCCAAGAUAACUGGAGCUCUCACCAAGGGAAAGAUAGUCAUUCGACCAGUGGCGUUCAAGCCAGUGUCAUCAGCUCGGUUCACCAACCACGGAGAGCGAUAUGGAUCCACUCCCAUCCUUGCACGUCCUGGAAGCCAUCUCACUCUCUAUGGAAGCAGCAAUGACUUGCUUCACAACCGCACUUCCAAUUCAAACUUCUCGUUGGAUCGCAAAGCCAUCUCUCCAUCUCCAUUGGCUCUAUCUUCCCUACCUUUACCAAGUGGACGUGGCCGGCUGCUAGGCUACGAUAGUCUUGAGUCUGUCACUCACAACAACAAACCUCGUUGUUUGGUCGGCUACGACAGCUUGGAAAGUGUUCACAAACCAUCUGGGACCCGCAGUGAACACCUUUCAAGAAUGCUGGCAUCAGAAGGAUCAGGAACUCCUUCACCGGUAGAGUCUGGUGUGAUGGCAGAGUUAGAGGCAGUACUGAGAGAAAGGGACUCAGAGGUGGCUUAUCUGCGUCAGACCAUGGAACACAACGAACAGCAGGUAAUCUUCCGAGUGUACCAAGAGAAAGAACGAGCUUGGGAAAGGGAAAUGCGGCGAACUAAAACCUUGCACGAGAACAGACUGAGAGCUGCGGCCCAGAAGUCACACAAACUGGAGCAGAUGCUCAUGAUGCAGACAUAUCAGCUCCAGCAAGAUAAGAAAAGACUGAGAGAAGACUUGGACCGCUCUGAGAGAGAGAACAGUGAGUUGAGGCAAGAGGUGGAUCUGCUGCGGAGUCGGCUGGAGGAGACAGAAUGGGGAUUGUGUCAGAAAUCUGGAGAGUUGGCUCUGCUCAAAUCUCAGCUAAAAGAAAUUCAGGGAGAACAAGCAACCAAAGGGCAUGAAGUUAUUUCUUUAAAAAGUGAGAUAAGAGAUAUAAGACUUGAACUAGACCAAAAGAAUAAAGAAAUCAACAUUUUACGAAUAGGGGGAGAAUCUCGGAAACAGCAGAAGGCUGAAAUUGAUAAAUUAAAUAUUCAAAUUGAAGAACUCACAGCCAAAUUAGAAAUGGUUCAGAAGUCCAAUGCUGCCAAAGAAUCCUAUAUUGCAACACACGAUAAAGAAUCUGGUACACAGUGUGAUUCGAACAUCGAGAUGUUGAAGCAAGAAGUGUCUAGGCUAACUGAUAAAGUGGACAGUGAGCAUGCAGAGUGGGAGAGAGAGAGGGUACAAUGGGCCCAAGAGAAGGAGAAAGUGCUGAGUUACCAGCGGCAGUUGCAACUCAACUACGUGCAGAUGUAUAGACGCAACCGAUCGCUGGAGAGCCAGCUACACAGCUUUACGCUGGAGUCACAACCACAGAGCCGGACCAAAGUUGUGUCUUUGAACGCCAUUCAAUUAUGAACAUAGCAAAUUAAUUCAUACACAAGUUUUUAAGUUUGUAAAUAAUUAUUGUAACUAAUGAUGAAGUGUAAAUUGUAAAUUUGUACUUUUUGGAAAUUAUUAAAAGUAAUCAGCAGUUAAUUUAACCAAA